AUGUCAUCAUUAGAAGAAAUAGCUCAAGGUGAAACUUUUAGACCUGGUGAACCAUACACCCAUCGCCUUAGCAAAAUUCUUGAAGAAUAUCCAGAUGGAUCUCAAAUUAUUCGAGAAAUUCUUCAAAAUUCUGACGAUGCAAAAAGUAGUUCACAGGUCUUUAUACUUGACCGUAACUCUUAUGAAUCUAACCAUUUAUUUGAACCUGUGAAAAAAAGUAAUAAAACAAAAUUGAAGUUGGAUCGUUAUCAAGGCCCUGCACUUUUAGCAAGAAAUGAUACAGUUUUUGAAGAGCGUGAUUUUGAAUCUUUAAAGAAAUUAGCAAAUAGUGAAAAAUAUGAUCAAUUUGAUAAGAUUGGCGUUAUGGGCGUAGGCUUUAAUAGUGUUUAUCAUAUUUGCGACACUGUCCAACUUAUUACUGGUGAUAAUAUUCUCAUUCUUGAUCCACACGAGAAUUACUUUAAAGGUGGUAUAAAAUUUGACUUUGUCAAAAAUAAAUUGGCCACACGCUAUCCGGAACAAUUUGCUCCUUUUCGUGUUCCAUGCGACCAAAGCUUUGAGGGCUCUUUAUUCCGCUAUCCUCUUCGCACUGAUCAAGAUGCAUUAGAAUCGGAAAUUUCCCAAAAAGCCUAUACCCCAGAUCAAAUCUUGGAAAUGUUUAAAACUUUUUAUGAGAAUGAAAGCAUUAAUUGCCUUUUAUUUUUAAAAUAUAUUGAAAGUAUUGAAUUCUUUGAACUUGGUAAAAAUGAAACCAAACCAAAAUUACUUUACUCAAUCAAAAUCACAAAUUCAGAGAAAAUUCGUGCAGAACGAAGAAGAAUUGCUGAAUGCAUUGGACCUAUGGUGGAUUCUCUUACUAAGAGAAUAGGACCAAAGAUUACUAUGGAAUUGGAAUCUGUGUUUAUUGCAAAUUUCUGCAGAGAAUGUGGUGACGAUGAUCCUCAUAUGGAUCAAUGGAUUAUCUUUACUUGUCUUGGUGAUUUGAAUGCUGCGGAAAAUUAUUUUCAAUCUAAUUUUAAGAAAUCUAUUAGUACAUAUAAAUUUAUUCCAAAUGUUGGUAUCGCAUUACCGCUUAAAGAUAGAAAGGCCAUUGGAAGAUUAUUUUGCUUUCUUCCGCUUCCUAUUGUGACUCCAUUUCGCGGCUCUGUGCAUGGAUAUUUUGCG